AUGGCGAGCCGAGUUGAGAAUGAUAUCCGCUGUCCGACCUGUUUGGAGAUCUUUGAAGAUCCCGUCAUGCUGCCGUGUAGUCACAGCUUCUGCCGUGCGUGUGUGCAGCAGUGGUGGGAUGGGAAAGGAGAGCGAACGUGUCCGGUCUGCAGACAAACGUGCGAGUCGAUGGAUGUACCUCCAAACCUGGCACUCAGGAAUUUGUGCGAGGCCUUUUCACAUGCCUCGGUGGAGUCGGAGGACGUCUGCAGCUUGCACAAGGAGAAACUGAAACUCUUUUGUUUGGACCACCGGGCGCCCGUGUGCAUCAUCUGCCGAGAUGCGGAAAGCCACACUGGCCACAAGUUCCGUCCCCUGGAGGAGGUUGUGAAAGGUCACAAGGAGAAACUCCGGGAAGGGCUGUGGGAGGCAAAGAAAAGGCUGCAAGAUCAGAAGGAGAUAAGAGAUGAGUGCAAAGAGCAAGCGGCAUACAUCAAGGUCCAGAGGAAGCAGGUUGAAAGCAAGAUCAAGAAGGAUUUCGAGGAGCUUCGUCGCUUCCUGGAGGUGGAGGAGGAGGCCAGGUUGUCUGCGGUGAGGGAGGAAGAGGAAACGAAGUGUCAGAACAUGACGGAGAGGAUCGAGGCUCUUGACAGAGACAUGGCCGCUCUCUCAGCCACCAUCACAAGCACGGAGGAAAAACUGACCUCUGACCCCGUUUCCUUCAUGAAGAACUUCAACACGCUGAGGACCAGAAUCCAGAAGCUACCCGACGCACCCAAGAAGUUCCCGGGAGCUCUGCUGGACGAAGUCAAACACGUGGGCAACCUCAAGUUCAACGUGUGGGAAGGAAUGAAGCAGAUGGUCUCCUACAGCCCCGUCAUUCUGAACCCAAACUCGGCCCGGUCGACGCUCACUCUGUCUGAAGAUCUGACCAGCGUGUGUUCUGUCAAAAAGCAGCAGCGUCCAAGUAAUCCAGAGAGGUCUACGGCCUUUAGUGACGUGGUCGGUUCUCCUUUGGCCUCUGGAACACACACAUGGGAUGUUGAAGUGGGAGAAAACAUCCAGUGGAAAGUAGGAGUGGCGUGGGGGGACCCUUGUUCGCCAGAUGAUAUGAAAGCAAAGGGGAUUACGUUCCGGGAUGAGAAAUACAAAUUGUUCGCCGACGCACUUGGAUCCUGGAAGCCAUCGGUGAAAGUGCAGAGGAUCCGAGUUCACGUGGACACGAAGCAACGGACACUUUCAUUGACCGAAUCGCUUACAGGCACUCUGUUGGGCAAAACGAAUCCUUCCGCUUGGCCGUGUUUGUCUGACAACAUAAAACUGUUUCCUUACUUUUGGACAACUCAUAAAAUUCCGCUGAAAAUAAUUCCACGUUCACCUCUUGUUACGACUGAAAGCCAGUGAUGGUGGUGGAGAUGUUGAGGUCAUCGGGUCACACCCUGCUGGAGGUUUUAUAUUGAUGGACAUGUUCAAUCAAGUAAAAAAAAAACACACACACACAACAAAACAUAACUUUUGAUUAUUAUACAAUUUAACCCGUGUUAAAAAAAAUCUGAAAAUGUCAUUUUGUGUUUGAAUUAGCUUGUUGGUGACUUCUGUUGUU